CGCCUCCCUGCCCCCUGGGUGGGUGAGCUCCGCCAAACAUGUCGGCUCCUGUCGGGCCGCGGGGCCGCCCGGCUCCCACCCCGGCGGCCUCUCAGCCGCCCCUGCAGCCCGAGAUGCCCGACCUCAGCCACCUCACGGAGGAGGAGAGGAAGAUCAUCCUGGCCGUCAUGGAUCGGCAGAAGAAAGAAGAGGAGAAGGAGCAGUCGGUGCUCAAGGUCAAAGAAGAACACAAACCACAACCGACACAGUGGUUUCCCUUUAGUGGGAUCACUGAACUGGUAAAUAACGUUCUUCAGCCCCAGCAAAAACAACAAAAUGAAAAGGAGCCCCAGACAAAACUUCAUCAGCAAUUUGAAAUGUACAAGGAGCAGGUGAAGAAGAUGGGAGAAGAAUCACAACAGCAGCAAGAACAGAAGGGUGAUGCCCCAACCUGUGGUAUUUGCCACAAAACAAAAUUUGCUGAUGGAUGUGGCCAUAACUGUUCAUAUUGCCAAACAAAGUUCUGUGCUCGUUGUGGAGGUCGAGUGUCAUUACGUUCGAACAAGGAGGACAAAGUGGUUAUGUGGGUAUGUAAUUUGUGCCGAAAACAACAAGAAAUCCUCACUAAAUCAGGAGCAUGGUUUUAUAAUAGUGGAUCUAAUACAUCACAGCAACCUGAUCAGAAGAUUCUGCGAGGACUGCGGAAUGAGGAGGCGCCUCAGGAGAAGAAAGCAAAAGUGCAUGAGCAGGCCCAGUUCCAAGGACCCUCAGGUGACUUAUCUGUACCUGCAGUGGAGAAAAGUCGAUCUCAUGGGCUCACAAGACAGGAUUCUAUUAAAAAUGGGUCAGGAGUGAAGCACCAAAUUGCCAGUGACAUAGCUUCAGACAGGACACGAAGUCCAUCAAUAUCCAGAGAUCAGAAUAGAAGAUACGACCAAAGAGAAGAAAGAGAAGAAUAUUCACAGUAUGCUACUUCAGAUAACGCCAUGCCUAGAUCUCCAUCAGAUUAUGCUGACAGGAGGUCUCAGCGUGAACCUCAGUUUUAUGAAGAGUCUGACCACAUAAAUUACAGGGACUCCAACAGGAGAAGUCAUAGGCAUUCCAAAGAAUACAUUGUAGAUGAUGAGGACGUGGACAGCAGAGAUGAAUAUGAAAGGCAAAGGAGAGAGGAGGAAUACCAGGCGCGCUAUCGAAGUGAUCCGAAUUUGGCCCGUUACCCAGUAAAGCCGCAGCCCUAUGAAGAACAAAUGCGUAUUCACGCUGAAGUGUCCAGAGCAAGGCAUGAGAGGAGGCAUAGUGAUGUUUCUUUGGCAAAUGCUGAACUGGAAGACUCUAGGAUUUCUAUGCUGAGGAUGGAACGACCAUCAAGGCAAAGAUCUAUAUCUGAACGUAGAGCUGCCAUGGAAAAUCAGCGGUCUUACUCAAUGGAAAGAACUCGAGAGGCUCAGGGACCAAGUUCUUAUCCACAAAGGACCACAAAUCAUAGUCCUCCCACCCCCCGGAGAAGUCCAAUACCCAUUGAUAGACCGGACAUGAGACGUACUGACUCAUUGAGGAAACAACACCACUUAGAUCCUAGCUCUGCUGUGAGGAAAACCAAACGGGAAAAGAUGGAAACAAUGUUAAGGAAUGAUUCUCUCAGUUCAGACCAGUCAGAGUCAGUGAGACCUCCACCACCAAAGCCUCAUAAAUCAAAGAAAGGAGGUAAAAUGCGUCAGGUUUCAUUGAGCAGUUCAGAGGAGGAAUUAGCUUCCACACCUGAAUACACAAGUUGUGAUGACGUUGAGAUUGAAAGUGAGAGUGUAAGUGAAAAAGGGGACAGUCAAAAGGGAAAAAGAAAAACUAGUGAGCAGGCAGUUUUGUCGGACUCUAACACCAGGUCUGAGAGACAAAAGAAAAUGAUGUACUUUGGUGGCCACUCUUUGGAAGAGGACUUGGAAUGGUCUGAGCCUCAGAUUAAGGACUCUGGGGUAGAUACCUGUAGUAGCACAACCCUUAACGAGGAGCAUAGCCAUAGUGAUAAGCACCCUGUGACGUGGCAACCAUCUAAAGAUGGAGAUCGUUUGAUUGGUCGUAUUUUGUUAAAUAAGCGUCUAAAAGAUGGAAGUGUGCCUCGAGAUUCAGGAGCAAUGCUUGGCUUGAAGGUUGUAGGAGGAAAGAUGACUGAAUCAGGUCGGCUUUGUGCAUUUAUUACCAAAGUUAAAAAAGGAAGUUUAGCUGAUACUGUAGGGCAUCUUAGACCAGGUGAUGAAGUAUUAGAAUGGAAUGGAAGAUUAUUGCAAGGAGCCACAUUUGAAGAAGUAUAUAACAUCAUUCUGGAAUCCAAACCUGAACCACAGGUGGAGCUUGUUGUUUCAAGACCUAUCGGAGAUAUCCCUAGAAUACCUGAUAGCACACAUGCACAACUGGAGUCCAGUUCUAGCUCUUUUGAAUCUCAAAAAAUGGAUCGCCCUUCUAUUUCCGUUACCUCUCCCAUGAGUCCUGGAAUGUUGAGGGAUGUUCCACAGUACUUAUCUGGACAACUUUCAAGCCAAAGCCUUAGUAGAAGAACAACGCCUUUUGUUCCUAGGGUUCAGAUAAAACUAUGGUUUGACAAGGUUGGUCAUCAAUUAAUAGUUACAAUUUUGGGAGCAAAGGAUCUCCCUUCCAGGGAAGAUGGGAGGCCAAGGAAUCCUUAUGUUAAAAUUUACUUUCUUCCAGACAGAAGUGAUAAAAACAAGAGAAGAACUAAAACAGUAAAGAAAACAUUGGAACCCAAAUGGAACCAAACAUUCAUUUAUUCCCCUGUCCACCGAAGAGAAUUUAGAGAACGGAUGCUAGAGAUUACGCUCUGGGAUCAAGCUCGAGUUCGAGAGGAAGAAAGUGAAUUCUUAGGAGAGAUUUUAAUUGAAUUAGAAACAGCAUUAUUAGAUGAUGAGCCACAUUGGUACAAACUUCAAACCCAUGAUGUUUCUUCAUUACCACUUCCCCACCCUUCUCCAUAUAUGCCACGACGACAACUCCAUGGAGAGAGCCCAACAAGGAGGUUGCAAAGGUCAAAAAGAAUAAGUGAUAGUGAAAUCUCUGACUAUGACUGUGAUGAUGGAAUUGGGAUAGUAUCAGAUUAUCGGCACAAUGGUCGAGAUCUUCAAAGCUCAACAUUAUCAGUGCCAGAACAAGUAAUGUCAUCAAACCACUGUUCACCAUCAGGGUCUCCUCACCGAGUAGAUGUUAUAGGAAGGACUAGAUCAUGGUCACCCAGUGUUCCUCCUCCACAAAGUCGGAAUGUGGAACAGGGUCUUCGAGGGACGCGCUCUACUGCUGGACAUUAUAACACAAUUAGCCGAAUGGAUAGACAUCGUGUCAUGGAUGACCAUUAUUCUCCAGAUAGAGACAGUCAUUUUCUUACUCUACCUCGCUCCAGAUACAGUCAGAACAUUGAACAUCAUCACAGGGAUGGCAGGGAUUGUGAAGCAGCAGAUAGACAGCCAUAUCACAGAUCCAGAUCAACAGAACAACGGCCUCUCCUAGAGCGGACCACCACCCGCUCCAGAUCCACUGAGCGUCCUGAUACAAACCUCAUGAGGUCGAUGCCUUCAUUAAUGACUGGAAGAUCUGCCCCUCCUUCACCUGCCUUAUCGAGGUCUCAUCCUCGUACUGGGUCUGUCCAAACAAGCCCGUCAAGUACUCCAGUGGCAGGACGAAGGGGCCGGCAACUUCCACAACUUCCGCCAAAGGGAACAUUGGAGAGAAACAAUGGAGUCAAGGAGAUAGAACCUUAUGAAGAAGUUAAUGAAGAAACUGGGCAUGUGGAAGAGCAGUGGGGAGAAAAGCAGGGUGAAGAGGUCAAGGCAGGUGCUAUGGAUAUAGAGGAGAGAAAUCGCCAAAUGAAAAUUAACAAAUACAAACAGGUAGCCGGAUCAGAUCCCAGACUGGAACAAGAUUACCAUUCAAAGUAUCGAUCAGGAUGGGAUCCUCAUAGAGGGGCAGAUAAUAUUUCCACUAAAUCCUCGGACAGUGAUGUAAGUGAUAUAUCUGCGGUUUCAAGGACUAGUAGUGCUUCUCGUUUCAGCAGCACGAGCUACAUGUCUGUCCAAUCAGAACGGCCAAGGGGAAACAAGAAAAUCAGGCCAAAGGGAAUAGAAGAGGGAGGGCAAGAAGGGGAUAAGCAUGAAGAGAUAGUUCAUGAAAAGGAAGAGGUAAAGGAAGAAAGACUUAAUGAGAAUGAGAAAGGGACAGAGAUCACAGAAACAUGUGAUAAGGAGAAAAGCAGAGAAUCAGGAGACGAGGAAAAAGCACAAGAUAAACCUGAGCAAGGGAAAGAAAAAGAACAGUGGAAUAAAGAGGAUUUGCAAGGACGAUUUUCACAAGAUGAUGACAGUGUCUUUACAUCCAAAAUGCAAAGCAGACAAAUGGGCGUCUCCGGGAAGAACAUGGCUAAAAGCACCAGCAUCAGUGGAGACAUGUGCUCGCUGGAGAAGGCGGACGGCAGCCAGUCCGACACGGCGGUGGGUGCCCUGGGCACCAGCGGCAAAAAGCGGCGCUCUAGCAUUGGCGCCAAGAUGGUGGCCAUUGUUGGCCUGUCCCGGAAGAGUCGCAGCGCUUCCCAGCUCAGCCAGACGGAAGCAGGUGGUAAAAAGCUACGGAGCACUGUCCAGCGAAGCACGGAAACAGGCCUGGCCGUGGAAAUGAGGAACUGGAUGACUCGACAGGCAAGCCGAGAAUCGACUGAUGGCAGCAUGAACAGCUAUAGCUCAGAAGGAAAUCUGAUUUUCCCUGGUGUCCGCCUGGCCUCUGAUAGCCAAUUCAGCGAUUUCCUGGAUGGCCUUGGCCCUGCCCAGCUCGUGGGGCGUCAGACUCUGGCUACACCUGCAAUGGGUGACAUUCAGGUAGGAAUGAUGGACAAAAAGGGACAGUUGGAGGUGGAAAUCAUUCGGGCUCGUGGCCUUGUUGUAAAACCAGGUUCCAAGACACUGCCAGCACCAUAUGUAAAGGUGUAUCUAUUGGAUAAUGGAGUCUGCAUAGCCAAAAAGAAAACAAAGGUGGCAAGAAAAACGCUGGAACCCCUUUACCAACAGCUUUUAUCUUUCGAAGAAAGUCCCCAAGGAAAAGUUUUACAGAUCAUUGUCUGGGGAGAUUAUGGCCGCAUGGAUCACAAAUCCUUUAUGGGAGUGGCCCAGAUACUUUUAGAUGAACUGGAGCUAUCCAAUAUGGUGAUUGGAUGGUUCAAACUUUUUCCCCCUUCCUCCCUAGUAGAUCCAACCUUGGCCCCUCUGACAAGAAGAGCGUCCCAAUCCUCUCUGGAAAGUUCAACUGGACCUUCUUACUCUCGUUCAUAGCAGCUGUAAAACUGUUGUCAUAGCAACCAGCGUUACAAAAAAAAAAAAAAUUCCACAGGUCGCAAACCCUGGUAACACUGCAUGCUUAAUGUUGUGUCUUCUGAGCCUGUUUCUAGGGAUACAAAGCGAUCCUGUGUUCUCAGAGGAAGUUGCACACAUUGUGCCCUAAAGAUGGCCCUCAGGUGAAAGAGCAGAGUUAUGAAGAACUAUCAGGUUUGGAGUUCAGUAACACUUGAGUUUUGGUCCAAUCUGAAGCCAUGGAUUAAUCUCAAAGAAUCAGUCAGUUUCAUGCAACAAAAGCCCUUUUCAAUGGCACCUUUAUAUUUUUAUCGUUCCUUUUUCCUCAUUUCUCUGACCCCCAAGCCCUGUUAUGCCACAGAAAAUAGAGCUAUACAGUCAUUAAGCCAUGUUACAAGUCAAGGAGUGAAGUCCUAGGAAGCAUCAGGUGAAAAGCAGGAGACCAAAGAAGUGGUCCGGGACAGACGUCAGCCCUCCUCUGGACAGUGACCAGGAGCAGCCAGUCCAGCGUGAACAGUGGCAGACUUCAGAGGUCCAGCAGGCACGCCAUUCACUAAUGCCAUGAUGUGUUGGACUCUGAAAAACAAAAUUCUGUGGCUACACUGUACUGAAUGAAAUUAAAGAAACUUUUUUUGCAUGGACACAGAUUAGCUGAAUACUUAAAUUAUUUUUUUGGGGCUGCAACUUGCAAAAAAAAAAGAAUAAAAAUCAGCCAUUUUCAACAAUUUAUAUUAUUUUUAAAAAUAAAUUUCACUAUUGCAUGGUUUUAAAAAGGGGAGAGAAUGCAACAGGGUGGUACAAAGACACACCAUGUUUAUUCUUUAAUCAUAGUCUGUGUUUUGGCAGACAUUACAAAUGAGAAUACUUUCUAGAAGACACUUAAAAUUCUCUUUAUGUGACAAAUAAGCAUACUAUAUUCGAUUUAUUUCCAUAUUAAAUAUACAAAUCUUAUGAAGUUAAAUAUGUGCAAAUCGUUCACAUCUUUCUUCCUCUUCUCAUCUCACUUUUCCUCUUUUCUCUUUUAAUCUUUUCUUUCUCCCUACCAGAGUGAACAUUAUACUAAAAGAUUACAAGUUUUUGACCUGAUACUCCUUACACCCCAUGUUUGAUUCAGAGCUGUAGAUGCUUCUGAAUUUAUGAAUUUCUCAAGGGAAAAAAAAAAAACUAAGAGCUUUCUUUAUUUCAAGCAUGUUGAAAAGGAUUUUGCAACAUGUCUUGGGAGUACCUUAAAGUAAGUCAGCAUGUAUUUGAUAAAGAAGAUAUUUGAACUUUUGCAAUUUAUUGUACAGUGCAUGGUACUUUUGUUUUCACCUUCCAAGUUCAGUUUACUGGAAAGCCCUAAAAUCACGUGGCCAUUGUAAUGUCUAAUAAAUUUGUUUUUAGCACCAGCAUUAUUCAUACAGGGGUUAAAGUAUUAUUUCUAGAAGGUCUUAGGUUUUGUUUUUUAAUUAAUUAAAGCAAUUUCUUUAGCCAAUUUCCAUUUACUAUGUGAAUAGAAGAACACUGCUAAAAAUUUGGAGCCUGAAACACAAGGCUGUUUAUUAAUUCAUUUUUCUGUAGUAAAAUACAAUUUUUCACAAAAUUAUAUUUCUAAAGAAAUAUAGUAAACAUAAAUAUGCAACAAAUAAUUUUAAAGCUCCAAUUUUUAGGUGACUCAAAGAAAGUCAAUCUGCCUAUUAAUAGUUCUUUGAUGCCAUCACCAAAAGUCUACACCACAAAUCCCCAAAAGUCGAAAGUCGGACCCCUGCCUUUGGUUUUACAGACAGUUAUUACCAUUGGGUGGUGCUGCAAGGUCAAGUUUCUCUUAAGUUCCCCUGUUGAGAAGAAAAGUCACUGGUUAAUGUAAUAAACCACCCAUUCUUUCUGUUUCUUUAUGUGCAUUUUGAUAACACAUUCUUACAGGUUGAUUUUCAUUUCUUGCAAUAACUUUUGAAAUUCACAUACAUACCAUUUAAGGCCAUGCACAAAAAUUGCUUUCUUCUUUUUUUUUUUUCCUUUUUAAAUUCCAUGCUGACCAUUAAAAACUAUCAUGCUUGAUAUGGUGCAAAAGUUAAAAUGAGUAUCACUAAAAAUGCCUUCUCUUUAUGUGGUGCAAUAUGAAAUACACCGAGACUGUGUCUUGACAUUCUGAGAUCUACGAUGGACCCAGGUAAAGUUGUUAAAAGAACGAAUAAUACUUUACAGAAAUAAUUUAGACACUUGUGUACCAGCAGCAAUUGAUUUAAUAGACCUAUAGUGUCUAUACUCUCCCUUAGAAUAAAGGUUUACCAUUUUCCUGAUACUAAGAUGCAGUCACAUAAUCUUUUGUGCAUAUUCCUAUAUAAAUUAUUUCUAAUUUUAAUAAGAAGGACAUGACUGUAUGGAAUAUUUGUACAUACUUAUCAUUAUGCAGUAUUUAUUUAAAAGUUGGUGUAUUUUUUUUAAUUUUCACAUGUCUGCACCUCGACUUGUGGUUUAGUCGUGUAAAUAGAACUAUUCCAGUGACCAUUGCUGCCCUGUACAUAGUAUGUUUUCAAAGUAAAGGGAAUUCCAGUUGGAAAAAAAAAAGGGGCAGAUUAGUCCUGUAAUGAACACCAACUAAUGUAAAUCAAAUUCAUUCUGGUGAUGGUAUUUAACACUUUAAAUAAAACAUUUUCUUUACAGA